AUGGCUUUUCCUGAGGAUUUCAACAUCGGCGGGGAUAGGGGAGGGAGGUUGCGGUUUAGUGUAUCGGUGUUUGAGAAAAGGAUGCUCGAGGGGGCAAAUUCUGCACAUGAGAAACACGGCAAUGAUGAUCAAUUUCGUCAUGAUUCUAUUACUACUAUUCACAGUUAUGCGUAUCAGGAAUAG